AUGACCAACGCCUCCACCCUCACCCAACCCCCCGCCGAAUCCAAGGACGACGCCCCCCUCUUCCCUACGACCCUCAUCUCCCCCUCCGUCGCCGCCGAACUGCCCGAAGGCUACAAGAUCCGUCCCGUCCGUCGCUCCGACUACAGCCGCGGCUACCUGGACGUGUUGCGCGUGCUGACGACCGUCGGCACCAUCACCGAGGAGCAGUGGAACAAGCGCUACGACUGGAUCUCGUCGCGCAAUGACGAGUACUACCUGCUUGUUAUCUGUGACGGGGAGGAUCGUGUCGUGGGCACGGGCAGCUUGAUUGUUGAGCGCAAGUUCAUUCAUGAGUUGGGUCUUGUGGGCCAUAUUGAGGACAUUGCCGUCGAGAAGGGCCAGCAGGGGAAGAGGCUCGGGCUGAGGCUUAUUCAGGCGUUGGAUUAUGUUGCGGCGCAGAGUAUUCUCGAUUGCUCCGAGGCGAAUGAGGGAUUCUACCUCAAGUGCGGCUUCAAGCGUGCUGGAUUGGAGAUGGCUCAUUACUAUUAG